AUGGUUGUGGGCCUGACUGAAUCUGUCACCAUAAUAGCUUUGAAUUCUUUGACAGUGAUUGUAUUUUGUGGAGACCGUAAUCUUCGUAAACGAUCUACAUACUUGGUGAUAAGCUUGGAAGUUGCAGACAUGUUAUCCGGGGGAACUGCUCCACUCGACCUCGUCUAUAAUGUUGGAGGAAUAUGUAACUUCUGGAGGCACAAUACAGAGCAUUGGUAUCAGAUACCAUGGUUCUUACUCUUCUGGUUUCUCGUUUGUUCGUUAGCAAAUAUGACCGUUAUUUCUCUAGAACGUCUGAAUGCAACGUUUUGGCCCUUCAGACAUCGUACGAUCAAAAAGUCAGUCUACUGGGUUCUUAUAAUCGCCAUCUGGUUGACAACACUACUCUUUUGUGCGGAAAAAAGAACGAAGAAUAGAGAACAGAGAACGUGGAACGGGGAAGGGGGAACGGAGAAUAGAGAACGGGGAAGAGAAUUAAAGAACGGGGAACAGGGAAAAGGUAACAGAAAGCAGGGAACAAGAACAGAGAGCGGAGAACAGGGAACAGGGAACAGGGAACAGGCAACAGGGAACAGGCAACAGGGAACAGGCAACAGGGAACAGGCAACAGGGAACAGGCAACAGGGAACAGGCAACAGGGAACAGGCAACAGGGAACAGGCAACAGGGAACAGGCAACAGGGAACAGGCAACAGGGAACAGGCAACAGGGAACAGGCAACAGGGAACAGGCAACAGGGAACAGGCAACAGGGAACAGGCAACAGGGAACAGGCAACAGGGAACAGGCAACAGGGAACAGGCAACAGGGAACAGGCAACAGGGAACAGGCAACAGGGAACAGGCAACAGGGAACAGGCAACAGAAAACAAAGAACGGGGAACAGGGAAUAGAGAACAGGGAGGAGAAGUAGAGAACGGGGAGAAGAGAACAGGGAGCAGAGGAACAUUUUAUAACAUUGGAGCUAUGUGCAACUUCUGGAGGCACAAUGCAGAGCAUUGGUAUCAGAUACCAGCGGUCUUAAUCUUCUGGUUUCUUGGUUGUUCGUUAACGAAUAUGACUGUUUUUUCUCUAGAACGCCUGAAUGCAACGUUUUGGCCCUUCAGAUAUCGUACGAUCAAAAAGCCAGUCUACUGGGUUCUUAUAAUCGCCACCUGGUUGACAGCACUACUCUUUUCAUGUGCGUUAAGAAUCAUUGAUUACUUCACACGUGAAUGGGACUAUUAUAACUACGCAUGGAGUUCAUUCAUCUCAAUUUGUCUUUUGGUUAUUUGUGUCUCUUACGUUUUUAUUUUUGUCAAGCUUCGCUUUGGAAGUCAGCCUCGACACCAUGGCGCAGCAAAUAGGGAAAGGAAACUGACCGUGACGUUGUUCACCGUGACUUCUCUCUCUCUCCUAUUGUGGCUGCCUUAUGUUAUAACUAGUUCUCUUCUUUUUGCUACUGACAUUUUCAGUUCAUUGUCUGAAAUAGCGUUUCUCCGUUUGCAUGAUGGUUCAAUUGUCUUGUUAUUCGCAAACUCUUUUAGAAAUCCGAUAUUGUAUACUAUGAGAAUGCCAGGUUUUAGGCGAGCUUUAAAGAUGUUUUGUCGCCAACGACCUCAGCCACACAGACAGGUUGAGAUCAUUCCCCUCCGUGAGAUUAACAUCCAAAUUUGA